GGCCCGUCCCGGGCUCGGCCGGCCCCCGCGCCCAGGCGGCUGCUCCCUGCUGACUGGGGUGUGGGCGGGGAGCGGCGGAGGCAGGAGGAGGCGCUGCUGGCCGCCGCCGUUGCCUCCGCUGCUGGGCGCCUGGGCAGCUCCCGGGGUUUCUGCGGCCGCCAUGGACGAGCAGGCGGGUCCCGGUGUCUUCUUCAGCAACAACCACCCGGGCGCCGGCGGUGCCAAGGGUCUCGGGCCUCUGGCGGAGGCUGCCGCGGCCGGCGACGGGGCGGCUGCGGCGGGGGCGGCGCGAGCCCAAUACAGCCUCCCUGGGAUCCUGCACUUCCUGCAGCAUGAGUGGGCCCGCUUCGAGGUGGAGAGAGCCCAGUGGGAGGUGGAGCGGGCGGAGCUGCAGGCCCAGAUUGCUUUCCUUCAGGGGGAAAGAAAGGGUCAAGAAAUUUUGAAGAAAGAUCUUGUGAGGAGGAUCAAAAUGCUGGAGUACGCUCUUAAACAGGAAAGAGCCAAAUACCACAAGUUGAAAUAUGGAACAGAAUUGAAUCAGGGAGAUAUGAAGCCGCCAAGCUAUGAUUCUGAUGAAGGUAAUGAAACAGAGGUACAGCCACAGCAAAACAGCCAGUUAAUGUGGAAACAAGGUCGACAACUACUCAGACAGUAUCUACAGGAGGUGGGUUACACAGAUACCAUUCUAGAUGUGAAAUCUAAACGAGUACGAGCUUUGUUGGGCUUUUCAAGUGAUGUCACUGACAGGGAAGAUGACAAAAAUCAGGAUUCAGUUAUAAAUGGCACAGAGGCCGAAGUUAAAGAGACGGCAAUGAUUGGAAAAUCCGAGUUAACAGAUUCUGCCUCUGUGCUGGAUAAUUUCAAAUUCCUUGAAAGUGCAGCUGCAGAUUUCAGUGAUGAAGAUGAAGAUGAUGACAUUGAUGGAAGAGAGAAAAGCAUCAUUGAUACUUCAACGAUUGUUAGGAAAAAAGCAUUGCCUGAUAGCAGUGAAGAUCGAGAUACAAAAGAAGCUCUAAAGGAGUUUGACUUCUUGGUUACAUCAGAGGAAGGAGACAAUGAGUCUAGAAGUGCGGGUGAUGGAACAGAAUGGGAAAAGGAAGACCAGUGUCUCAUGCCUGAAGCCUGGAAUGUGGACCAGGGAGUAAUUACCAAACUCAAGGAACAAUACAAAAAGGAGAGAAAGGGGAAAAAGGGGGUGAAGAGAAAAACUACCGAAGAUCUGUUUCAGCCUCUAUCCUAUAUAAAACAGUCAAAACAGGGAUGUGGGAGAAUGAAGAACCAAAGCUCAGGGCCCAAUAGGUCAAAACUACAAGAUAUGCUUGCUAAUUUGAGAGAUGUUGAUGAACUUCCCUCAUUGCAGCCAUCUGUGGGUUCACCUUCCAGACCCACCAGCUCCAGGCUUCCUGAACAUGAAAUAAAUAGGGCGGAUGAAGUAGAAGCAUUGACCUUUCCUCCUUCUUCUGGGAAAUCCUUCAUCAUGGGAGCAGAUGAAGCCCUUGAAAGUGAACUGGGACUUGGAGAAUUGGCGGGUCUUACAGUGGCCAAUGAAGCAGAUUCACUAACUUAUGAUAUAGCAAACAAUAAAGAUGCAUUGAGGAAGACAUGGAACCCUAAGUUUACAUUACGAAGUCACUUUGAUGGCAUUCGAGCCCUUGCUUUCCACCCCAUUGAGCCUGUUUUGAUAACAGCAUCAGAGGAUCACACAUUAAAAAUGUGGAAUUUGCAGAAAACAGCCCCAGCCAAAAAGAGUACUUCUCUUGAUGUGGAGCCUAUCUAUACAUUCAGGGCUCAUAAAGGUCCAGUGCUUUGUGUGGUAAUGAGCAGCGAUGGUGAGCAGUGCUACAGUGGCGGCGCUGACGGGCUGAUCCAGGGCUGGAAUACCACCAACCCCAACAUCGAUCCCUAUGACUCCUAUGAUCCUUCUGUUUUAAGAGGCCCUCUUCUAGGCCACACCGAUGCCGUCUGGGGCUUGGCUUACAGUGCAGCACAUCAGCGCUUAUUGUCGUGUUCAGCAGAUGGCACUCUCCGUUUAUGGAAUACAACUGAGGUUGCUCCAGCCCUAAGUGUAUUUAACGAUAAUCAAGAGUUGGGAAUCCCUGCCUCUGUGGAUCUCGUGAGCAGUGAUCCGAGCCAUAUGGUAGCAUCAUUCAGCAAAGGAUAUACAAGCAUCUUUAACAUGGAAACACAGCAGCGCAUUCUCACUCUAGAAUCUAACCUAGAUUCAACCAACUCUUCCUGCCAAAUAAAUAGAGUCAUCAGCCAUCCCACUCUUCCCAUUAGCAUCACAGCUCAUGAAGACAGGCACAUCAAAUUCUACGAUAACAAUACAGGCAAACUCAUCCACUCCAUGGUAGCCCACCUAGAAGCUGUUACAAGUCUAGCAGUCGAUCCUAAUGGCUUAUACUUGAUGUCUGGCAGUCAUGACUGUUCAAUACGUUUAUGGAACCUAGAAAGUAAGACGUGUAUCCAAGAGUUCACAGCUCAUCGGAAAAAAUUUGAAGAAUCAAUUCAUGAUGUAGCUUUCCACCCAUCCAAAUGCUAUAUAGCCAGUGCUGGGGCUGAUGCACUGGCUAAAGUCUUUGUAUGACACAAUGCAUCAUCUUCACCUUCUAGCUCUUUAUAAAUAAUCAACUGCACAAAAAGAGAUACAGAAGACCAGGGCAAGAAUCAGCCUGUCUUGCCCUUUUGUUCUGCUGAAGGAGCACAGAGAACAUUUGUUAAAGUAUAGUUUUGCAAUUCGUAUACUGUUUUCUAAAACUGAGGUUUGUUCAGGUUGCUGCAAGCUCAGCUGAAUCUAUGAGCCUGAAAACGGUUUCAAAUUUUCCCCCAAAUAGGAGCUUUUAUUUCUGAGUUUGUUCUAAUUCGCUAGGCAGGCCUGAGCGAACAUAAGUUUAGCUUGUCCCUCUUGAGUAAAUAGGGCAUGCUAUAAAGGACAAUUAAAAAGCUUGAUGACUGGGAAUGAGUGGAGGAAGAACAGAAAUUUAGACCUAGUUCUCCCCUGAGAAAUCUUGUUAAACACAUUAGGUAGUCAAAACAAUAAUCUUGACCAUAUCUGCUGUACUAACCCCUAAGUGCAUAAGGACCAGGCAGUGUUCAAAUGAGAUUUUAAUUUAGCUCUUCUUUCAUCUGUGCACAUAAAGCACCUGGCAAAGCAUUUUACCUGUUAAAGAAAAAAAAAAUGCAAUAAUAUGUUAAAUAUAUUAUUAUUCAGAAAUACUAAACAAAUAUUUAGUUUGUAAGCAGAUUUCUAUAUUGUAUUACAUUUUUGAAAAUAGAUUUGGUAUCAUUGUAAAGUUUAGCUGUCAAAAUCAGUCAUCAUUAUGAAUAGUUGGUAGAGUCUGCUUUUACUAAAGGAUUUAACUUAUUCAGGUUUGAGAUUCUGUUUAUUUUUAAGGGCAAGCAGGGCAUAUCUUUAUAAUAAUUUCUGUUAAUUUUUAAAAUUCACUUUAUUCAUGUGAUAUUUAUAAUACCAGAGUGGCUAUCUCAUAUUGAUGAAAUCUUAACCUUUCAGUGGUUUGAAAAGACAGAAGUUAUCUGUGAGUACUCAUUUGUCAAAACCCACAUAUCAUGCUUCAGAUGACCUCUUGCUCUUUCUUUGUCUCUCAUACUCAAAUUAUCUGACAUCUACUGAAAAGAGUUUAUAAUUAUUAUGUUUUAACAGCCCAGAGGGUUUGGUUAAUGUCAGGCAGCUGCUUUUGCAGUACUAAAUAAAGCCAACUAUUUUGUACCCCAGAAGUCCUCCAUUGAUAUAUCCAAGAAGGGGAAUCCCCCUGGAAAUCUGGAUGGAAGAGUUCAGUGCAUAACCAGAAGCUAAAGAGUUCUCUUUCUCUCUUCCUCCACCUACGCCUCCUCCAUUCUUUAAUUGGAAUACACAGCAUGUUUUAAUAGGCAGUGUAUCAGUGUUGUUUCUGGGGAAACAACUAUCAUAAAGAACCAGGCUUCCCUGAGCUCACCUCGUCCAUGGCCCACAUGUGGCAGCUCUUGGGAUUCCCAUGACCCCACUCUUUGCACUUGAUGUAUAGACCUUAUCCUACAACUGUCUCCCUGUCUUUACAGUCUCUUGUUUGCCACAAAUGUCAGAGACCAAUGUAGAAAUUAGAAAUAAAUACUAAUGCCCGAUGUUCAGCAAAAUGUAUAUGUAAUAGUUCUCAGAUUUAAAAAAAUCCAUAUCCAUAAAUAUUUUAACCUUUUAAUAUAAUUCCUACAUUCCUAUCCCCACAUAUUCCAUUGUCAUAACAACACUUCGGAUGAUAUGUGAUCUACUUCUUGAAAAUGUAUUCUUGUGAUAUGGAUAUCAAUUGACAAUUUUUCUUUAAAAUUUCUGUUUUCUGCCUCUAGAGUUUUGCAGUACACAGGCAAAUUUUCUUUAAAGAUGUGUGCUAGAUUUGCCGAUAGAUAUACAGAUAUGCUUUAAUAUUUUGACACAGCUACCUUGUCUUUACUCUGUGCUUUGGUUAACAGUGGGCUCAAGGGACUCCUUUGUAUAAUCAAAUGACUUGACCUGGACUUGAGCUACCAGGUGAUUGUUUAUAUUAUUCCCAUGCAGAUACAGAAUUCCACAUUUUGUUUGGUUCAUUCCUUUUUUGGUUCUUCAGUGAGUGAAAAAAUGGUGUUGCUGAUCUAACAUUUAUAGAAGGAUACUGGAAAAUUCCAGUCAGGUGCCCUUACUUGGAGUGUUUAUGACAGAUGAAGAGAUUGUUCUACCAGUUACUACUUUAAUUACCUCCCAAGGUCUUCAGUGCCUGCUUCACUUUUGUCACUGAGAUUCUCAAAACCAAGACAUUCUCUUCCCCUGCAUUUUAUACCUCAUGGUUGAAAUUUUUCUGUUAGUGAAAAAUGACCCAUGAGAUAUGUAGACUGUAGUGCAGAUGAUGGAACUGUUGAAAGUUCUUUAGCAAGCCAGUGCCGUGCCGUUGGUAACUGUACACAGAAACAGAGAUUCUUCUCUACUAGCACUGUGUGAUCUCAGCCUAGAAAUGAGCCAAAGCUGUCUUCCAACCCGAUAGAAGCAUAGACAUGUGUCUGAUUUCCCCCCCAGCCUAUCGAAAAUUUAAUGAAAAUCCACAAAAUGAACAAAUUCAAGAUUCAAACCAUCAUUGAAAUGCUUUCAUAGUGCUUGGUUUGUAAAUAUUUCAGAUGAAAUAUAUUGGAUAGUAUGAAAAUCAGAGGAGAAAUAAGGUCCCUGCCUUAUUUUCAUAUGCUGUGGAUACAUUUCUGGGAGCUUGCAGCACCCUUCUCAAAACCCAGCUGUCAUGACCUUCAGUAUUUUUCUAUUGAACAAGUUUAGCAAUUUUUGCCAUUAAACAGAUGAUUAGUUAUGCAAAGUAUUUAGCUUUUAUAAUCAUUUUAGUUAUGACUAAAAGGGGGGAAAUUAUGCUGCAUCACUGAUAAUGAACUUUGUGAAAAAUUUUUUGUUUAUCUGACUUUCAUUCCUUCAGUAUUCUUGCUAUAAAUUUCUUUUGGAGAUAAUGAUGAAGAUUUAUUUGAAAAUGUCUAAAAUGUAUGUAUAUUUUAUAAAUAUAUAUUAUAUAUAUUUUAGGAAUAUAUAUAAUAUAUAUAGACUAUAUAUAUAUACAUAUAUAUGUAUGUGUGUGUGUAUAUAUAUAUAUAUACAUAUAUAUAUAUAAACCAUAGGUGCAUUUUACUGUUUUGUAUUUUUGUUUUUAGAGGUAGUGUACACCGCAGGUAAUGAUGAGUAUGAUGAGUGUUGUGCUGUUUGCUUUUGCAGUAUAAUAUAUAGUUCUAAAUGUUUAAAUUACUGUAUAUAUUAUAUUCAUUAUAGGCUAGCAUGCUUGUUUUAAAGACUGUCAUUCUAGUUUAUUAAAAUCUGAAUGUAAGAAAACCUGGCUAUUCAAAUGUGAAUUGAAAAAUAUUCCAUUCUCAGUACUGAACUAUUUCCAUUGAACAUUCAGGAUUUUUAACAAAACAGAUAUCAUCAAGAAGGCAAUAGCUAGAGAAUGAGAGGUGCCUUUAAAUAAAAUACAAAUGCAGCCUUACAGUGAGGAUGAGAGUUGAGUUGUGGGGGUGGGGGGGCUAUGAGAGAGAGAGAGAGAGAAAGAGCACGCGUGUGUGCGUGUGUGCGUGUGUGUGUGUGUGUGUGUGUGUGUGUGUGUGUGUGUGUGUUUGCCAAUCUGUGACGGUCCUGAUUUGUGACCAUCAAUGUCUUCAGUGUAUCUGCUCAACUUCUAGGAUUUCAGGGGACAUUUCAUGCGUUGUCUUUGUGCUCUUCUGAGCACCACAUGUACUUUCCAAGGAUUUUGAAUGUGAAUUCCUAGAAAUUUCAGUAGAGAGGAAAAGAACUAUUCUUUUACUAUUGUCAAGUUCAGGUAAAAGGAGAAAUUAUUGGUUCACCAAAAUGAUGGAAUCUCUUAAAUGUUGGCUAAGUAAAUUAAUUUUUUAAAAAUGUGAUUUUUAAAGGCCCUCUUUUUUGGGACUUCAUAUAUUUCCCUCCUACACGAGAGCAUGUCAUGAAAUUCUUAUGUGAUGAAGAUUGAACUAGUAAAAAUUAUUUUUUAAACACCUGAACUAGUUAAAAUACCACCUAAGAAUAGUGUUUAAAUGACAUCUAUCAUAUCUACCUCUUUGCCAUUGCUGCCAUUUUAACUAAAGCAAAUCUUUAUGACAUCUGAAAAUGAUGAUUGGAUGCAAUUUAAAAAUCUAUGUUGGUGCUUUUCUCAGGCUUUGUCAUUUAAGUUAUAUCGAACUAAGAUGUCACAAAUCAGAUUGAAAGACUUAAGAGUUUUGGUUUUCUUUCGAAAGAACUGCUUAAAAUUUAUUAUCAAGGUUGAUAGUGAGUGGAUAGAGUUAAACUGUUUAGUAUAUGCCUGAUAUUUUCAACCAAGAGCCAAACUGUUACUGAAUUUACAUAGAGAAAGAGCUCAAAGUACAGUUUUCUUCAGCUUACUUUAUUCUUUGAAUGCUAUUUCAAGGCUAUUAAGUACAUAAUCAUUAAUUUUAUUUACUCAGAAGUUGCCUUUGUUACUAUUUGUCUAGUUAUUUAUAUAAUUGUAGUACUUUAUGUGUUUGACACUGGGAUUCAGGUUGUACAAAAGUAGUAGCUGAUAGAAAUUAUAUGUGUAUUUUUGUGAAAUGUAUCAAUUCCAGGAGUUCCUUUGAGGGUAUGGUCCAGAAAACAUGUCCUUCUUUAAAAACAAGGGACAGGCCAUUGGUAAAUGGUUCGAAUCAUUUUUACUUUCAGAACUGAAAGUUUUUUAAUUGACUAUAUCUGUCAUCCAGCUGGACCUCUGUGUCAGUGUCAGGGACACCAGAUUGACAAAGCAUUUAACAGAUAACAUCAGUUUUGUUUUUGUUUUUGUUCCAUUUUUGGUUUUGUUCUUAAUCUUAAAAAAAAAAAAAAAAAAAAAAAAAAGCAAAUUCAGGCCAGAGAUCCCUAGAUUCCACUUAUUUAUUCUAGCAGUAUUCUUAAAGUGGUACUUAGGGGUCAGAAUUUUCUGGAUCUUUGCUAGUCAAGCUUUAGCUUUUAUUUAACUGAGACCCCGCGCUUGUCAUCCCUCUGAUGCAAAUUAGAAAGUUCAUUUUAAUUUAGAUUAACUUUGAUGUCUGCCUGGAUUUUUAACAGGCUGUGAACCAGUGAGUGCCUUGUUAAUGUAGAAUGAUUUUUCCCUGGUUGUUAGCUCCUUUCUGAGAAUGUCUCAGAGAAUGGUGUUUUAGUUGACUUGUACAGAUUGCUAAAUUUGGUAUCAUCAGCAGUCAGAAAGCCUUCAGUCUACCACAUACCUGCCUCCCUACUUUCUUCUCAUUGUUUGGCUGAAGUUUGCCUCUUGUGAGAAACAAAUACAACCCCCUCUCCACACACUUUUUUCAAUUCAAAAUUAAGAGAUAUCCCCUAUACCCAUCCCAACUAUAUGAUCUAAUAUCUAUUUUUAGGAGGAACCACUUUGUAAUCCUGAAAUCUACUGAUUACUUUAUGUCUUCUCAACUUCCGUUUACUAGAGCUGAUUUCAGGGCAUCAUCAGUUCAGUUUCCUAAGUAACUCCUUUUUUCCACACGCCCAAUUAUCCACUCCACAACUGGUGAGCCCUGGACCAUAUUGUUUGAUCUUCAGGUAUUUUUAAAUUCAGUUAUAUCAAUUAAUGUAAAUUAAUCCAAAUGCUAAUUUUUGUGGUGCAAGAAGUUUCUUUUGUAAAUUCAGGGUAUGGAUAAGCUAAUUAAGAUAUCUUUUUUGGUGGCUCUAAGUGUAUUAUUUGUUUUUAAAUAAAGUGUACAAAUAUAGCUAACGUGCUAUAGGUGUCUCAUGAAUUGAAAUAUUUUGGAAUCUAGUGGCUUUGCAGUUAAAAUAAUACAUCUUGAUUUUGGUUUUUGGGUGGGGGGUAGGAGAGGUGUGCAGAGAAAUAAAAGGGGUAUUAGACAAAGUAGAUGGGAGUCCAAAGUAAUGAACCAGUCUUAAUUACAUGAGAAAGGUAGAUAAAUUUAUCAUUAUAGAGUUUGAACCUUUAGAAAGCCAGUAAAAUUAAAAUACCCCGUAAGAUUGGGUCAGUGAUACUUUCAGGGACACAUGUAUUUUUUCAAGUGUCCAAUUACAUAUUUUUUUAAAAAUUAUACACAUGUAAAUUUAAUCUGUUUUUAUUUUUUUGUUUGGCUACUUAACAAGCAUAACCCUUCCCCUUCCCCUUGCUUUUUCAAAUCAACAUUAUUUUUCAAAGUCUUUUUUCUGCCCAUAACUCAUAGUCCCUUUGUUCCAGUCUGAAGCCAUAAUGUUGUAUGGAAUCUCAGAGUGUCCUUGAAACUAUCUGCUAUCCUUUGAUAUUUUGUAUGCUUCUGUAGUAAUGAGUAUUAUAUCCUUUGUCAUGGACAUAUUUUUCAGUAGUGUCAGAAAUAUCCCUUUUGUUCCUUUUAAUGAGAACUGAGACACUUGUUGGAGUGAUUUUAGAGUAAUCCAGUUCAGAAGGUCAGGAGGAUGCUCAUGGAUGACCCCCUGGAGUACCCCAGAGUGGUAUUCUGACCUGCAUUGAAUUUCCCUGCACCAUCCAAAGCUGUUCUGGCACCCAAGGUAGUUCCCAGGAACACCUAGGAGCAAGUCUGGUAGCGCUAUUUAACCCAGGCACCGUAACCAUGAAGCAUCCCUCUGCUUGUUACUUCUUAGUUACACCUGUUGCUUACAAUGAUCAGGACACUCCAGUUUUAUGGGGAAGCACUGACCUGCAGGUCUGAAAAUUGAAAUUCAUAUUUUCUGGAACACAGAUUUUAAUUUAGUGUAUUUUGUAUAUUUUCAAAACCAAAUAAUUCAAAACCCACCAUACAGAAAAUGACUCACUUAGCUUCACUUAGAUCCUACAACCCAAAGUCCUUUCUUAGUCCUGUUUGUUUAAUUUGACUACAGGUAAAUGGUGGUCUCAGUCAGACUUGAAGGAUCUAUUUGCAUGAACAAAAUCUACAAUAUCCUGCUAACAAGAAAGGCCUGUUUUGUAGAAAAUUCUUGUCCUUGAUGAUUUAGCCAUUCACCUUACAAUGAAGUCUGGUCCAGAUGCUAACUCCACAUUGAUUUUUCCUGUGUGCCUCUUUAAAGAGAUAAUUAAUCUAGUAAUGUAAAGGAGAACCCACAGUAAAACAUCUGUUAAAUAGCACUUGGAGUACUAGAAUUAGUAUUCUUAAUUCAGUGCCAAAGUUUUCUGUGCUCUCACAGGGUCCAGUAUGUAUACCAGCUUCUGAAUCUCUAACCUCAAACCAAAGAUAUUUUUGAAUUACCUCAUAUAAUAGCAUCAUCAAAUUAAAGGUACUGGUAAGGGAAAGCCAUCAUUCACAAAUGAAAUUUCCCAACCUGAAACACUUUAAUUUAAAAAAACAAAACAAAACAAAACUGCAUGGAAAGCAAAAAAGAUUUCUUAGAGAUUAUUUAUUGAGCAAAAGUGGAGGGGGAGGGGCAUAGGGAAAGGAUCUCAAGCAGACUCCCUGUUGAGCAGAGGGGGCUAGGGGCUUGAUCUCCUGACCCAGAGAUCAGGACCUGAGCCGAAAUCAAGUCAGACACUUAAACAACUGAAGCACUCAGGCGCCCCACAAAGCAAAACUUUACAUUAAGUAUGAGUUGUAAAAACAAGCAGCCUGUGACUUAAAUGUGCUGAAAUUAUUAAAGUAUACUGACAUUUAGCUACUACUUCCUGAUGGAAGUGGGACCAAGACAGUAGUAUUUCAUAAAUAUGUUAGAGCAAAAGAAGUCUCAUCAGAAAGUUUACUUUGGGUGCUGGCUAACUUGAGUGAGAGUGUGGGGAAAGAAGCCCCAUACCAAGAAGGAAAAGUGCCAGCUCUGCAAUCUGGACUCACCACCACCAAAGGACCCAUUGUCCUUUCUCUUUAAAUGGCCUGGAAUGAUGACCUUCUAGAUCUUUUGACUUAUAAAAGUGAACGGUUCCAAUUCUGGCUUGUAUGGUCCCGGUCCCUAUUACCUAACUUAAAAGAUUUUUACAUCAAAAUUAUCCUAGAGCCCCCUGGUAAAGGGUCAGACAACGUAGUUUUUAUGAUAUUAUAGGAAGCUGUAUUAACAUAGGCCCAGAUAGGUUCUUCCAUUUGCACAUGUCAGAAUGAAGACCAGACAUGUUAGAAAUGUUCUCAUGUGGCCAAGUGAUAAUCUCACGGAAAGAUUGGAGAAUUAUUUUUAUAGGAUGAGUUAUGUUGUAAAUGAUUUUGACCAUGCUUUUAAGAGCAUGUAAAUAUAGAUUUGCAUAUUUUUGCUACAGACUUUAUAGCCCACAUAUUUCCAAAUAUCCUGUUGGAAUAAUUUCAUUCAGUAUGUUAGAAAAAAAGUCAUUGGUUUCACAUCUUUUGACAGUCAUUAAUGAAUAACACUUCUGAUGCAGUACUCAACUGCUAUAAAGACAGGUGGUAAAUGUCUACGUAUUUUGACUGCCUGGAAAAGCACGUUUGUACAUAGUUUGCCAGUCAACAUGGAGACUUGUGUAUUUUAUAUAUGUCAAAAUUAAUAUGUAUAUCAUGUAAAUAAUGUUCAUCAGCAAUAUCGCAGAGCUAUCAGCAUUAAGGUUAGAUUCUGCCAACUGCCAUUCACAAGUUUUGAAAGUAUGCACAUUCAGCUAAAAUACCACUUAAUUCAUUUAAGUGGAAACUUUUUCAGUGAAACAGUACCUGUUCAGUUUCCUUGUAGAUCUCAGGGUCAGAAGAAAGGCUUUCUCCCAACUCCAAAAUAUUCAGGCUUUCUUUUACUCAUUUUGGUCUUUUUAACAGUCUUUUUAACAAGCAAGGCAAUAAGCUCCUAUUUCUCAUAGCCUACAAUACUUGGGGAUAUACCUCUAAUGAUUCCAAUUUAAAAAAAUAAACCUUGCAAGCAGAUUUUUCUUUCCCCCUUAGGAACAUCAUUGCUUUCUGGAGGCAGAAAUGAUUUUACUUUUGAAAUUGAAGGCUAGAGAUCCAUGCAGUUUUGUGUCCUUGAUGUCUGCAAGUUCCAUACAGCUUGCCUCUGAGGGAAACACAAAUUUUAUUUUGUGUGAUUUUUGAAAAUUAUUCUGGUAGUGGAAAGACUAGCAAGGAAGUCGAUAAGUUUAUUUUAUAUAUUUCAAAAUCUUGUGGAUUUUUUAAUGGUAUGGGGUGCAGUAGUGAUGAGUUUUACUAUGAAUGCCUUCAUUAACCCUCAACUCAGAUUUUACAUGUUAAGUAUUGCUCACUGUCACCUAACAAAGUAGAAACGGUUAACGAUAAUUUGUUUGCUUCAGUGUCUAUAAGCUCCUCAUUUGUUUUUCUUAUAUUCCCCUUAGCACUCCUCCUGGUGCUUUACCGUAUAAAAAGUUCUCAGUAACUGUUUGUUGGGUGAGUAAUCAGAAAGCAGAUUUUCAAAACUCUGAAUCUGUCCAGAUCUUCAAAGGCCAAAAAAAAAAAAAAAAGAAAAAAGAAAAAAAAUCAUUUCUGCCAAUCCCUAGCCAAUCUCAAAUGUGUUUAGAUCUGUGAAGUUGAUUCCCAGAUUGAGAUCUGCACCCUAGUUAGGGAGGAAUUCGGACCUCACCUGGAAGGCGGCAACAGAACGCCAAAGGCACCAGCUAUUGUGGGUUUCCAGUCCUGCCUUUAUGGGAAUUGAGCAAAGCAUGCGGGCAAUGAGGCGUGUCUGAACCCUGUUAUGGUGCCCCUUCCCUUAACCUUUGCAGCACCACCCCACUGGUCUCUGCUCGCCUGUGCGGCUCCUGCUGCUGCCUUCUGGAACCUCGACCUGCCAGGACUGCCUCGGGCCCAGGCCAGGUCCACCACUCUUGCCUCGUGACCCUCAGACUGUCCCACUAUUCCUAACUGGCUGUUUUUUUUACCCCCCCAAAGAAGUAGGAAGUUCCUCCCAGCAGAAGAUUGUCAAGAAAGGCAUUCCUCUGGGGAGCUUGCCUUGAAUUUGAAGAAUCUAGGACAAAUCCCUCAGGAUGUUUUCAGGGCUGCUUUUUGUCUAGAACAUGUGAUGGUAAUUAUCUAAAUGUUUAUUAACUCUCCCUGGAAGAGCUCUGUGUUGUCUCGGUUUGCUGCUACGUGGGGCCGGUGGCUUGAGCUGCAGAGCUUAGUCACUUCAGGAGUAAAAUAGUCAACAAGUUAGAGACAGACUAUUUAUAUAUAAUGAUCAAAUGACUUAAAUCAUUAAUAGAAUCAUCGACAGAGUAGUGAAUUGCUUGAGUAUGAAAUAUUCAGUUAAAUCUCAAUGUUAAACCUAUGUAUUAUGUAAGAACUAUUAUUUUUUUUAAUUAUUAAAAUAAUGAUUCUUUUAAGGUCAGUAUGGCACAAAGGAAAGAACAGGAUUUUGGCCUGGACACAGGACAUUUAUUAUAGUCAGUGAAACUUUAGUCAAGCUAAUUCUUAUGAGUUGGUUUCUUAUCUGUGAAAAGGAGAUGAUAGAUCUGCGUGAGAGAUUGAUUAGAGAUAAUAGAUACAAAACACCUGAUAAAAUAUUGGGCAGAAAUAAACAUCCAACAAGUAAUUAUUAUUCACUCCCUAAAUUCACACUUCUUGUCAUGUAAUUCUGUCACACUCCUGGUAGCUUCUAGAAUAUCAAGUAUUUAGGUGAAACAAGAUUAAAAUGCACUUUAAGAGUAGCCCUAAAGAAGAAGUUAUACAUAAAAUACUACUUUACUCAAUAUUCGAGUGCCUGCUUUGUGCCAGACCAUUCUAGGCGCUGGCCUUCAUUAGCAAACAGACAAAAUCUUUUACAUGAUGUGGCUUACGUUCCAGUUGGGGAAAACAAAUAAUAUAGGUGAAAAAUAGAGAAUAUGACUGGUGAGUGCUAAAGGUAAAGAGAAAGGAGAUGAUAUUUCUCGGAGGUAGAAAUGGAUACAAUUUAAAUUAAUACAAUUAAUUAAAAGAGCAACACAAAGGGGGACCUGGCUGGCUACUCUUGAUCUUGGGGUCAUAAGUUUGAGACUUAGAUUGGCUGUAGAGAUUGCCUAAAGAAAUGCAAAUUAAAAAAAAAAAAGCAAAAAUAAAAGGCAAUAAGUAAUGAAGACAUAAAGCAGAAGUCAUCACAUCUUACCAUACCAUUUCACUCCCAGCCUGCCUUGUAAUAACAGCAUGAUAUAGGUAUCUCUACUCUUAUUCAUACAAGUAUGUGUACACAAAUACUGCAUCGAGUUUUGUCUUAUUCUACAUGUUCUCUGCAACUUGCUUUUAAAAUUUAAUAUAUAUUUUGAGCAACUUUUAAGUCUGUACAUACAUAGAUAUCUUUUAAGUUCCUUAAUAUACACACAUGAUCUUAUAUAAAUAAAAUGAGAUUUUUUUGGUGGGUCUGUUUGCUUUAAAUAAAUGAGGUAUUACAUGUCCUCUGCAUCUUUUCUCAUCUAACAAUCUGUGAUAGAAAUUGCUCCAAGUCUGUCUUAUAGUUGUUAUUUCAUUCUUUUAACGAUGAAAACUCUGAUGAUGAUUUAAACUUCUUCAUAAUCAGUGGGCAUUUACUUUGCUACCAGAUUUUCACUAUCAGGGUAAUUAUGCCUGUGCACAUAGCUGUGACCAUGAUGGUUUCACUCUUGUGGAACAGAGUCUCUGCAGUAGGAUUGCUAGGUUGAGAGAUAUGUAGAUUUAACAUUUUUUAGUAAGUAUUGACAGAUUGUUUACCGAAUAGGCUGGAACAAUUUAUAUUUUCAUCAGUAAAUGUACAGUAUAAAAAUAUCCUUAUUCUUUAUACCCACUAGCAAUAGCUGCUGUAGCCUUUAAAAGAAAUAGAAAAAAAAAAAAGGCUGGUGAUAUAUACAGUGAUUUCUCCAUAUUAUUUUAUUUGCAUUUCCCUGAUUACUGUAAAUCUGCAUAACUUUUCAUAUGUUCUUUUGUUAUUUGGAUUUCACUCAUAAUUAAAUUACCUUUUGUAGUCAUUUUGUGUUGCUGUAUAACAAAUUACCACAAAUUUAGCGGCUUAAAAUAAUACCUGUUUAUUAUUUCACAGUUAUGUGGGUUAGAACUUCAGGUGGGCUUGCCUGGGCUCUCUGUUUAGUGUCGGAUAAGGUGUGUGCCAGGCUGGGCUCUUAACUAAAGGAUCUGGGGGAAGAAUUCACUUCCAGGCUUAUUCCUGUGGUUGGCAGAAUUUCAGACCAUACAGUUGUCGGACAGUUGUAGGAUGGAAGUCUCUGUUUCCUUGCUGGCUGUUAGCCAGACGUUCUUCUCAGCUUUUGAAAGUUACUCUUCAGUCUUUGUCUAUAAUGCUUACUGCCCCCCACCCCCGCCGCCAUCUUCAGAGUUAGUAAGGAUUCAUCAGAUCCUUCUCAUACUUGACUCUGUGUUUUCUCUUCUGCUAUCAACCAGAGAAAAUGCUCUGCUUUUAAAAGGCUCAUGUGCCUUGAGUAGGCCCACACAGAUAAUUUUUGUAAGUUAAGGUCUAUUGGCUAGUCACCUUAAAUUACUUCCACAGACUCCCUUUGCUUGGUAAAUGUAGCAUUAUCAUGGGAGUAACACCAGGGGCAAAGACCAUGGGAGCCAUCUUGGAAUUCUGCCUACCACAAAUAUUCAUGUUUUUAUUUCUAUCUUUAUAUUUAUGUCCGUGUUUCUAUUGUGUUUGCCUUUUUAUCUUUAUUUAACUACUUCAUAGGAAGUUUUUGUAUGUUACAUGUUAAGCCUUUUUACUCUUAGUUGCAAACAGUUUUUCCAACUCUUACAAGUUGUCUAUUGGCCACUAAUAUUAAGUCCUUUUUCCAUAGAAAACUUAGUCAUUUGGAUUUCACUUUUAAGGUGCAUUGUGUAUUUGUAUCUUUUAAUUCACAUUUAAAAUUUUUAUUCACUUUUAUUUUUCAUUCACUUCAUUUUUUAUUAACAUUUGCCCAUAUGUGCACUGUCUUUUUAAGAAAAAAUUAUAAGUGCUCUUUCUAUAUUAUAUGUAAACAUUUCGUCAUAUUAUUUGUAAAUUUUCUCCAAACUGUAAUUUGUCUGUUUACCAUAUUUAUAGUACCAUUUCCCAUUCAAAACUUUAGUAUAUAUACGCAGGUAUACUAUUUUACAAAAUAUGGAUAUUUGUAAAUAUAUAAAAAUUUCAAAGUAUUCUGUAUUGAUUAAGGCCUUCACCCCUGGUGGCAUAUGUGCUGUCCUAGCAUGGCUUAUGCGUUUUAUUCUUGGUUUUGUUGUUGGGGUUUUUUUAUAUUCAUCUUUACUCCAUUUGGAAUUUGUUUUUUGUAUAGAAUGCCAGCUGUGGAUCCAACUUUACUUUCUUCCGAGUGGGUUGCCAAAUGUUCCAACACUUAUCACAUUAUCUUUUUCCAAUGAAAUGGAAUACCAACUUUGUCAUAUAUUAAUUUUUCAUAUAUAAUGAGAUUUCUCAAUAUACUCUGUUGUUUUGCUGAUAGUACUCUAUAUAUAUGGCAAUAGAAUGUGUUUAAUGACAGCGAUUCUAUAUUUGCAUCAGUGACUUCAUAAAAUGCUCAGGCAGAGCUUUGUCUCAUCCCACACUCCUGGGCUACUGUUGUUUUUACUACUUUUCUUGGCUACUACCAGGCAUUUGAAGUUUGUGAUCAUUUUAUCCACUUAGAGCUUGAAACUGCAUUACAUUUAAAGAUUAAUUUUGGGAAAUUUGACAUGUGAUAUUGUCUUCUAAGAACUAACAAAAUUGUAUUACUUUGUUUGCUCAGAUCUUGUCUAUAUCAUUAGUAAGAUUGAGAUUUGGCACUUUUAUUCACUUAAGUCUUUUGUCUUUUUUUUUUUUUAAACUAAAUGUACUCUUGUUUCUUAGUCUUUGGGUCAUUAUUGAGAAUGGAUUUUUUUCCAUUUCCAUUUCUAAAGGCUUAUUAUAAAUAAAAAGUCUAUUUGUGUGUUUGUGUGCUUACCUUGUAUACCACACAUUUAUUACACAUACUUACAAAAUCUUAUUCCAGAAGUUUUCGCUACAGUCUCUUGGGAUUUUUAGAAAUAUAAUGAUGACAGUCAAAAAUAUAAUGACACUCACACUCACAAAAUCACAAAAAUAACCUGUUUUUUUCCAGUGUUUGAAAGAUUCUUUUCUUCUCUAUAAUCUUUAUUGCCUAGAAACUCCAUUAUAUAGUCUUAAGUGAUAAUGCUGAUAGCAGUCAUCUCUGAGUACUAUUGAUUUUAAUUGAAAUAUUUAGCUGUUUUGGAUAUUUGUGUUGCUAUUUGGUAAAUAGUCUUACUUAAAUAAAUUUUUUUCUGUUUUACCAAGAGAUUAUAUUAGAAAUAGCUGCUGAAUUUUGUCAAAUGCCUUUUCAGCUUCUUUUGAUGUGGCUGUGUGUUUACUUUCCUUCAAUCUGGUGAUUAGCUAGGUUGUUUGUGGAGCUGCUGACAUUAAGCCACUCUUGUCUCCUUGGAAUAAAACCUACUUGGUCAUAA